AUGGAAUCACUAGCUUACCGUUUCGACGGCAAUGAUCCUGCCGAAUUCGUCGGGACAAAUUUAUACUUUUAUUGGGAAUCGGGUACGACACUUAUGUCCAGUGGUAUUGUCAUCGAAGGUGUCGAAGUAAUUGACGAUGAGCAGUUAGGUCUCAUUGAAGUCAAGGUAAAUUGGCCAUCACCACUUAUUUAA